AUGUCCCCCACAAGAGUCGUGCUCGUUGCGCUGGCCGCAAUCGUUGUCGUCGUGGACAUUCCGCCUCUCAUUUGGCAUUUCAAGAACAGGAAUAUUGCCCUGUUCAGUCUAUUGCUAUGGCUCAUCAUCCUCAACCUCGUCACAGUCACUAAUGCGCUGAUAUGGCCGACUGACGAUACAAGCACUUGGUGGGAUGGUCAAGGUCUUUGCGACAUCCAGGUCCGACUUCUUCUAGCGGCCGAUUAUGCUCUCUCGGGCUCAUUGGUCUGUAUCAUGCAAGGUCUUGCAAAGGUCAUGGAUACAGACCGCGCAGUCAUCAAUCAGUCUCGACACGAUAGGAUCAAAAAGACGACACUUGACCUAACACUAUGUUUUGGACUCCCAGCGGCAUUGUCAAUAUUGCACUUAGCGAUCGAUCAGCCGGCACGCUAUGUUAUAUUGACGGUGAGCGGCUGCACAGUCCCAAUCAGCUACAAUUGGGUGACGUUGGUGCUCAUCUGGCUUGUGCCGGUGCUUAUCACGUCUGUAGCCUCAUUCUAUGCCCUGACGGUCAUGUAUCGCAUGUAUAGGUAUCGACGACAAUUUUCAGCACUCCUUGAGCGUUCGAGGACCACCAAGGCUCGCUUCAUCCGCCUCUUUGCCAUGACACAGGUUCUUCUCACUAUCACAUUACCACUGCAGCUCUACAGCUUGUCCGCAAACCUCGCAAUGGUCCAACUUGAGCCUUAUUCAUGGUCAGUGAUUCACGACCAUUGGAGCAGCACCAUCAUCUUGGUUCCCAUGGACGGCGUUAUUGAUCCUACAAUAUGGGUUCGCGUCGUCGCUGGUCUACUUGCAUUCCUGUUUUUCGGCACUGGUGCAGAAGCAAUCACCAGAUACCGUGGCUGGCUGAUCCUACUCGGGCUCGGAAAACUCUUCCCAAGCCUGCUCCAACAACACUCGAGCAUCACAUCGAAUCCAUCACGAGUCACGAUCAGUAGUGUGGGAAGUAAAGCGAAGUUCUGGACAAGCUGGAGGGCCCGUAAAGGAAGCGCGAGCACUGAGGCGUCUGCGACGAAUAUAUCUUUAUUCCAACGUUCUCUCACCACGUCAACCAGGGUUACAGAUUGUCCGCAGAUGCAAACUCUGGAUAACAUUUACAUUACCAGAGGGUCUUUGAUGUUUGAUAUCGAUCCUGAUUUGGAAGCGCAGGACGAUGGGGAUGAUUCGACACAUGAGCCUAGACCACGACUGUAA